GGAGAAUUGCCAUACAUGCUUCAGUAGUAGGCAUCUGAAUUGAUUAAAACUGAUUCAGCCUUGUUGUAUUCCUCUUAAGAUAAUUCAGGACAGGCAGGAGGCUGACAGCAAAAAAGGAGUGUGUCUUCCUAACCAUGGAUGUGGGCAUGCUGGAGAUCCCUGCCGAGCUGUCGGCAAGAUUACGCAUGGCAGCAGGGCAUCAACAUGCAUCUAUAGUGAGAGAGAUUGAACCUCCGCAAGUAAAGGCAACACAUAACCUCACUCUGCCUCCGGAUAUAGACCGAUACCCAUUCUCUCAUUAUGUUCAGUCCAUACUGAAGGAUACAUGGUGCCAACCUAAAGGAACCCCACUCCAAAGAGCACUUACUCCUCUUGAAUCAGACGAUGCCCGCGUCGCACUGGAAAUUUAUAAACUGAUACUGCGGUUUACAGGCGAGUCAGACCUCAGUUUCUCACAGGAGCAGAUGUUGGGAAACUUUAUCAUUGAGAAAGGCCAGGACCGACCCGCCUUGAGGGAUGAGAUCCUGGCCCAGUUGGCUUACCACACAUGGGAGCUGAGUGAAGAGCAGCGUCGUUUGCAAGGCUGGUUGCUGUUGGCCUGUUGCCUCUGUGCCUUCACUCCAUCACCAAACUUGGAAAAACCCUUGUUAAAGUAUAUAUCUGACCAUGGGCCCAUGGAAUACCGUGCACUAUGCCAACACAAACUGCUCAUGUCUAUGCAGCACCAAGCCCCCACUUUUCGUAUGCAUCCCCCAACACAGCUGGAGUGGAUCACCAACAAAAGGAAAGGGACAAUGGUCGUGGAUGUCCACGCAUUCAACGAUGAGAAGCUUACAACUGAAGUGGAGUCCUGGACCACAGGAGAAAAGCUCGCCUCAUGGUUUCUCCAGGCCAGAGGUGUGACAGAGACCACAGACGGAUGGUCUGUGUCUCUUCUGACUGAUGAUCAGUGGUCUGAUUUGGCUGGAUCAGACUUUGUCAUGGAUCUAAUGGCUGGCGCUGAGGCGGAAGUACUGCCACCAGGCACGCCCUCAUCGACCAUUCCUGAUUACCUAUUCAGUGGCCAGGAUGACAGGAUGCUCGAUACAGAUCUUGAAGACUUUAUUCCGCCAGCACCUGUCUUUGAGGCUCCUGGAGUUUUUAAUCCUCAGGAAGGCAGUCAUCGAGAGCUGGACGAAUAUGUUGAUGACUGGUUUGACAUGGACCAGGGACAACUGGACAUGGAAAGAGUAGCUGUGCUUAACCGCAGAAUGAGAGGUGGAGGAGGUAUUGGACCAAUGCAGCCUGGUUUAUAUGGUUCAGGUAUGCCUACUUCAAUGUCAGGAUAUCCUAUGGGAAUGGCAGUCAACCCUGCAAUGCCAAGCUAUGGUACUCCAAUGGCCCCGACUAUGACAGCCAUGCACACAAUGCCAGCCAUGAUGAUGCCUCAGGCUCCUAUACCCUCCAUGGCUGACCCCAUGCAGCUGGCAGCAACACAGCAAGCCCUAAUAAACCAACAGGCACUGAUAAUGGCCCAGCAGAUGACAAUGCAGGCAAUGACUCUUUCCCAGCAGCAAACACAAGAGCAGCAGAGGUUGAGGGAACAGGAAAGGAAGCAGAAAGAACGGCAGCAACCCACGCUCACAUCUUCCCCCCAAACUCAACCGAAACAGCAGCCUAAUCCACCUUUGCCCAAGUCACAGGCUGACAGCACAGAUUUACAUGGUCGAGAUAAUCAGAAGUCUUUCACAGAUAAAAGGAAGUACUUCAACAGUAUUGGUGCGUCCAAUACGCAGGUUACUCCCUCUACACCAUUCAAACAACAAAACACUGUAGCAUCACAACGUCCAUCCCCUCCUCCAACUGCACCAAAACCAAAGGGUAAGAAGAUAAAUCAAAAUAAAUACAUAAAGGAAAUCCCUGUGCCUGCAAACAAAACAGAAAGUCCAACUACAGCUGCCAACACGGAACCGACCUCCAACAUUCGGGAAAUCAUCAAAAUGUUCAACAGUCGACCUCCGCCAGAACCCAAAAACUUUGAGCCCGUCAGAGGUCCCGCAAGGCAGUUUGUGAAGAAGGUAGAUCCAAAACAGGAAGCCCUUGCCAAACUGAGACACCAAGCACCAGUGCCGCAGCAAAAGAAACAAUGGGUCGCAUCUCCACCAGUGAAAAAGCAAUCUCCUCCAGACACUCCGUCCCCACAGUCAUCUCCUUCCACCACUGGCCGUCGUGUUAUCUCCAGUAACAUGAGGCAGAAACAGCGCUCCCUAGAAGAUUUGUUUAGCUCACAGCGCAUUAGACGACCUGAACCAACUCGCCCUGACUCCCCUCCACCUCCUGUACUUCAAAACAUCCCUGAUCCACCAACCAUACUUGCACCAUCUCUUAGUUUAAUGCCAGAGGAUGACAGCAGUCCAUCUCAACUUUUUCGUUAUUCUCCUGGCGUUUACUUCUCUUACAACAUGCCAGCAAAACUCUUCCUGCGCAAAGAGGUGUUUUACCCCAAAGAUACCUUCAACCAACCCUACAUACUGAAUCUUUUAUAUGAACAGAUUAUGAGGGACACCUACUCUAAUAACUGCAUCAGAAUAAGCAGAGAGGAAAGACGGAAGAUGAAAGAUCUGCUAGCUAAUCUCAAUGUGGGAACAAUGAGUACCGUCCAAGAUGACAGCAUAAAGAAAAGGAUUGUCAUUGCUGCUCGGGACAAUUGGGAAAACUACUUUUCACGCCUAUUUCCUGUUAAGUCAGACAGUGGUGACGCCCAGAUUUUAGGGGUGAAUCAUCGUGGAGUUCAUCUCCUAAAGAUAGUCGCAGCAUCUGGCAUGGAUCCAAAACACCUCCGUCUACUUCGAAGUUACAGCUUUGCAGAAUUGCUGUCAGUGGGAUUCUGUGGUACAAACCAAGUGAAGCUGGAGCUGGCAAAUGAAAACCUACAACUGCACUCCUCCAGAUCACCUCAAAUAGUUGCCAUGGUUGAAUUCUUCCUUAAAGAGCUCAUGAAGAACUCUGGCCAUGUAAUUGCCCUCAAGAGCUUUGUAACAGAUGACAAAAGCCUGCUCACCUUCAACAAAGGUGAUGUUAUCAAGUUACUACCAAUGGAGGGACUCCAAACAGGUUGGCUUUUUGGCACAAUGGGAGGACGUUCUGGUCUUUUCCCAGAGGAUCUAACCCAGCCGUCUGCUGCUUUGGAUUACCAUUAUCUCCAGUCGGAUCGAAGAGAUGAUCGGUGGAAAAGCGCUCGGGGGUCGAGAGCUUCCUUUCGACAAAAAGAAACUUUGAUUCCUAUCGUCAAGCAAAUAGAAAACCUGGACACCGAGUCGAAUGGAGAUCUAGAGGUCUCAUCCCGGAGAACAGCACAGACGUCCAUUCGCAGGUCAUUUCAUGAUUUGCAGAGGCCAAACGGUGAUUUAGAGCGGCAAACAGCUGUAUCAACCCAGGAAUCAGUUGAAGAGAGUGAGCUUCAGAUGUCGGCAAUGGCUGAGUUUGCCAUGAAAUACUUCAGACUGGAAAAUGAAACUGGGAAAUCAAGUAGCAGGACUCUUUCUGAAGCAGUUCAUUUCACAAAGGUGCCCCUUCAAGAGUCCCUAAUUCUCUACAACGAUCGUGACAGCAAUGAUUUAUCAGUAGAGUGCUUUAGGAAUGUGAUGCAGUUGAUGGGUGAUACCGCUAUGAAAAAGCACACUACCCGAGCAGACUGCCUGAGUCACAUUCUGCUGCUAGGGAAGGAAAGAGAACUGCUGAGAGAUGAAAUCUACUGUCAGGUUAUCAAGCAAACCACCAACAACCUUACCGAAUCCAGCAGCAAUCUAGGCUGGCGUCUUCUCAGCCUGAUUGCUGGGUUUUUCCCUUGUUCUGAUAAUCUAAAGCCUUACGUUUCACGUCACUUGCUUGAGAUCGCUGUGGACCGUCAACACAUUUACCAAGAGGUGGCAUCUGUGUGUCAGGAUAACCUUCAAAGAGCUUUCAAUUUUGGGGGUCGCCGUAAUAUCCCUUCACAUAUUGAGCUGGAGGCCAUCCUGGCUGGCAAAUCCUCAAGACUCGUUUCUAUCCAGCUGCCAGGAGGGGUGGAAUUCCCUGUCAAGAUACAUAGCUUUACUGUGGCAGCCGAUGUGGUAAGCGAACUCUGCAAAGAAAUGAGCAUCUCAAAUAUCACCGAAAUGAAGGAAUUCUCCAUCUUUGCCAACCGACAGCAAGAUGGUAUGGUGCGCCCUACUCAUUUCAAUGAGUACCUGAUGGACUUUUUGCUGGAUGAUGGCAGCAUUUUCUUGUCACUGAGAAGAGUGAUGUGGCAAAUCCCACUGUGUUUCAAUAAUGACCUAUAUGUGGAUUUUCACUAUCAACAGCUCAAGGAGGAGUAUUUGAAUGGGCUGCUCCGACUCACUGCUGCUGCAGAUGGGCACUCAUCUCUCCACCGGAUCGCAGAGUUGUCUGUCCUGCAACACCUGUCCAAGGGACUGCGAAUGGAGCUCUCAGAGUUGGAAAUAAAGGAAUACUUGCCUGCUCAGGAGGGGAAGGACCUGAAUAUGGAUGAGAUCAACUCUUUAUGUUCGAUCAAAAUCGCCACCAUGGAAUCUCUCAGCCCACUUGAUGCAAAAAUACAAUUCAUCGUGUUUCUGAGUGGUGAAGAGAUGUUUGGCUCCAAAAAUUACUUGGCCCAGAAAGUCAGUCGACGUGGACUUCCUUCCCCCUGCAUUGUUAGUGUCAGUCAAGAUGGACUGCUAUUUAUUCACCCCAAAACACAGGAGAAAGUAUUCCAAAUUCCUCUCAUAGAUGUUCAGACUAUACGGACCGUCCGACCCAGCAAACCAGGAAAGGUGCCAUCGAUGGACAUCACUUAUGGCAUAUUGAGUCAGUCCCAAAAGAUAACAAUUCAUCUCAAACAGGCCAAAGAGCUGUGUCACAUCCUUGCUAUGAUCAUGGAAGAGAUGAUCCGUCCCUCUGUCAACAGCUCCAUCGCUAAUCAUUUGUAGACACAUUAAAGUAAAUACAUCUGUUCAUUUUUAUUUUUUUCAUUGCAAUGGGAGGUUGAAACAUGUUUAUGCUCUUAUUUACAUUUGUGUUCCUAAGAAAGGUACAUUACAGGAGGGUAUAAAUAAAAUUCAGUAGAGUCGGUCAUAAAGUUAAAUGAUUGACCCACAGUAAAUGUUCUCAUAUCGCAUACAAAUUAAAUGACAUUGCUAAACAAAUAAUAUAUUUUUUUAUAAAAGGUGGGGUGAAUAAAUUAUUCAUGUAAUAUUCCAAUAGCUCUGAAACAUUUUUAAACUUAUCACAAUUUGCACAACACCAACCUUGGUUGGCUUAUACAAGUAAAAUAUUUCCCGUUUGUCUGACACAAACUCACAGAGUGGACAUAUUUACAAAUGUUUGAAGGCCAAAAGACUUUUGAAUUUUUGUCAUAAAUCUACAUAUGCUGCCACACAGUACUGCUUGACAGAAUUGGGAAGCUAAUGUUCUAAAGGUAAUCAUUGCGGAUCCAAAUGAAUGAUCUCAUGUUCAAUCAAUGUAAUUGUCCUUGAAAAACAGCUGAGUCAGUGAAGUUAU